GUUACUACUGCCCAGUGGAAGCUUGUUGUCCGCCAUCACUGCAAGAAGAAGCUAGGCAUAAAUUGAGAGAAGAGGAGUGACAACAACAGCGCAGAGAGACGGACCCAAACCCAAGGGGAAGGUCGAGGGGGAUCUUUACCGCUUUUCAUUUGUAGGCCUCCCUGUUGCAGCCUAAAAUAGUAUUUCAUGAUAACAUAGAGACGACGGACGUACUAACUAAUCAUGUCCAACCUCAAAGGCAGCGUCAAGAAGGACACCAAGAUGAGGAUAAGAGCCUUUCCUGUAAGUAUUGGCCGGGUACGCUGAGACGCGAGCACCGGGGAUGUCAUUUGCUAAAGAUGGGCCUGGCUAGCUAGCUAAACAUAUACUUUGAAAAUGUCACUGUCAGCUAACAACAAGCUAACUAACAAGCUAACUAACUAGCUUCGUAUUGCGUAGAUUCAUAUUCGCUAGUUGGCUAGCUAGCUUUGAUUCGAUCCGUUUAUGUUAUUUGUGCAAUGCACAUUGGAAAAUAUCCACUAGCUAACUUUAACUACUAGUUAGCUAGCUAACGUUAGCUAACUUGCGGUGUUGCUGACAAACUAGUUUCUAGCUAGGUCGUUGGCUAACUAGCUAUAUACAUUGCCAGCCAGCUAACUUUAUUAGCUAGUUAGCAGAAACUUAGCUUGGUAACUAACUAGCUACCUGGCUAACUAAACUUUAGGUCAACUAUCUAUCGUUAGCUAGCAAGCUACCGGCUAACGUACUAACGUUAGCUACAUAGCUAUCUUACUAACUCGGCUACCAAGUUCGCCAGUCUUUCUCGAGUUAACCAGUUAGCUAUUUAACCAGCUAACUAGUAACUAAAAAGUAUACUUGUUCAUUUUAGCUAGCUAGCUAACAUUAUAAUUGAAACUUGCAAGGUAGCGAAGGUUGUUUUGAUUAUCAUUCAGCCUGACUAAUGUUAACUAGGACCUAACGUUAGUCUAGGUAGCAGCUAGCUAGUUCCUUAGCUGUGUAGCCAACUGCCCACCCGAAAAAACUGCCUGUAGCGUAGGCCUAAUUUAGUUACCAGAAAGGGUAUAACCACAGUUUCUAAACUCAUUUGUCAAAGUUUAGUAAGUGUUUUUUUGGAAAUCUGUGUCAUGGUUUAUAUAUAUUUAGCCUGGCUAUGUUGCAGAACUAACUAAGCAUGUAUAACUCUUUUUUUAUGAGAGGAUCCUACAUUGUUGGAUGCCGGACAUUGACUGUAUGUGUGAAGGAAUGACAUUGCAGUCAGGAACCUGGGCUUAGCCAGAAGUGUACUCUAUCUCAGUCCCUGAAUAUCUCGCUCUCACACCCACACACCCACAGUGUUACACUCUGACUGCUUGAAUGCUGCAGGAAUAACAGCAGCAGGAUGGCCAUGCCAGUGCUUCUGUGACCACGCACUCAGUCUGUGUACCUGGACAGUAGCCAGGGUAUGGGAUAUGCAGUUUUGCCUGCCUGCAUACUUGCAGCAGCCCCACCUAAUAAUAACUGAGCAGGAGAAGGGAGAAGCUUUUCAUCUUACACAACUGCUUGCCCGCCAGUUUAGUAGGCCCACCAAAGUGACUUUCAAUAUAGUGUGCGUUUAGGGCCUAUGUGUUUGCUUGCAUUUCUGCAUGCUUGGGCAGGCUUUAAUUUAGACUGCCAUGGAAAAACUGGUUUCUAUUUAGGCCAUUUUCCUGCAAUUUCCCCUUUGCACUUGUUGGUGCAUCCUGUACCCCUCAAUUCAGUUGUUGGCGCCAAUAUAAUAAGACUGAUCAUGUAAUUACUUUGUAGAGGUGAGGCACUCCGUGUGGAAGAAUGACUUGAUGGCAUGGCCCUCUCAUUUUAAACUCUGACUCAGCCUAUCUGUCGUUCUGUCUCCCUCAAUUACUCCUCGUGUCCAAGUGUGAGUUGGAACAGCCAUCUCUGGCGGGACAAACAGCAAUGAAGUCAAUCAAAGUUACAGCUUCCAGCCCUCUCCUUGCCUGUCUAAUAGGUGUAUGGUUGUGGCUGGAGUGUUAAUGUGCUCUCUGAUCAGGUGACGGGAUCACUGAGGUUUGAAUGGCCAAAAGAAUGGCCAUGUUGACAGGGUUUGAUAGCUAGCUAAGCUGUCGUCAUACUAAUAGGCAAAGGGGCAAAUAUACUAGUUCACCUUGGCGCCUCUGCUCUGCCCACCUGAAUUUUAAUCAGAAUCAUAUCUGUAGUUGAUUUUUAUUUUAUUGACAGCAUAUUUUUUUCCCCCUCACCUCAUCUUGGAAUUUUCCAUUCUUCUGCACCUGCCUAGUGAAAGACCAGAUGCUUUCCCCAAACAAAUUCUCUCAUUAAUGAAUUCUGUGUUUAUGCGGGCAGGCUAGCAAAAUAACUCCACUGGUUUGUUCACUUUGUUGUAGUGACAGACCAUAUCUGCAUUAAUAAAGUCAUAGAUUAUGAUUUUCAUGUAGGCUAAUGCAGGCAAAUAUAUAAUUUACUGCUAUGUACAUUCUACUAUUGAUAAUUACCAAUACUUUAAAAAAACACCUAGGCUUAGACCUAGAUCAUGCUAUUUAUAACCCACUGGAGUGGAUGUGACCUGGACACGUCAGCCUCUGUUGAAGACCAUUGUCCCGCCCAAGAACUACAUGUACUUUUGUUUUUAAGUGUCUUUGAGAUUAUCUGUAUAAUAAAAAUCCCUAAUUUAAAUAAAUAUAUUUAUAGUUAACUGAUCGUGUGUUGUACCAUCACAACCUACACAAUAUUCCUAAUACAGAUGUUCUGACUACAAUUAACCUAGUCACUUGAUUUCCUAUUGCACCAACCCCUACCAUCUCUCUGCCAAUGAGCAACACAGACAUCCCUAAUUAAAGGCCGAUGGCGUUGUCUCUUUGUUUCAAAUGUGUCCAGACAAGGUGUGCUUCAACCGCCAUGAUUGAGUCACUGUGAAGUCAUAAUGGGCUAAACACUCACUCUAGUUUUAGGCCCUAGCAGCCUCUGCCUCCUGCGGUUUAUCAAAGCAAGCUCGUACAACAUUUUUAGGUUUCAAAUCCUCACGCAAAUCACAAAAAUGCAUACUAGGUGCAGGGCCAGCUUGUGGGUGAGUCGUCGAUCAUAGCCUUACCAAAACAACUUUGAGACUGUAUAAAACACUGUACGAUCCUUAUAAACUUCCAUCGUUGUUCUUACCCGAUAGCAACCUCUAAUGAAUUACCAACAGCUGUGCACUGCUGUCAUAUCAAUUGACAAAGAUGUAAUCUGUUCAGAUUUGCAGAAUGAGGAAACAAUCCUUACCAAGAAUGAACGGACACAGGCGAAAAGGGUCGAACUGUUCCGUUGUCAUUGUUAAUUCAUUGUGUCCUAUUCUCUCUCCUAGAUGACGAUGGACGAGAAGUAUGUCAACAACAUCUGGGACCUUCUGAAGAACGCCAUCCAGGAGAUCCAGAGGAAGAACAACAGCGGGCUGAGCUUCGAGGAGCUCUACAGGAAUGCCUACACCAUGGUGCUGCAUAAGCACGGCGAGAAGCUCUACACGGGCCUGCGCCAGGUCGUCACCGAGCACCUCAUCAACAAAGUAAAGGACUACGCCUCCCACAAUGCACCACUGUUUAUUUUCUAUAAAUAAUUUCCCAUAAUACGCUGUGAAAGUGACCGUCCCUCACGCUUUGUAGUUUUGUUUCUUAUGGUCUUCAAACGCAAAAACCUGUGAAUGCAAUUGAAAACCUUCAUAAGAGGCAUUUGGCAAAAGUAAAUUAAUCCACAAUCACAAUAUAAUUGUAUAUAUAUACACUACUGGUCAGAAGUUUUAGAACACCAACUCAUUCAAGGGGUUUUCUUUAUUUUUACUAUUUUCUACAUUGUAGUAUAAUAGUGAAGACAUCAAAACUGAUGAAAUAACACAUAUGGAAUCAUGUAGUAACCAAAAAAGUGUUAAACAAAUCAAAAUACAUUUUAUAUUUGAGAUUCUUCAAAUAGCCACCCUUUGCCUUGAUGACAGCUUUGCACACUCUUGGUAUUCUCUCAACCAGCUUCACCUGGAAUGCUUUUCCAACAGUCUUGAAGGAGUUCCCACAUAUGCUGAGCUCUUGUUGGCUGCUUUUCCUUCACUCUGCCGUCCGACUCAUCCCAAACCAUCUCAAUUUGGUUGAGGUCGGGGGAUUGUGGACGCCAGGUCAUCUGAUGCAGCACUCCAUCACUCUCCUUCUUGGUAAAAUAGCCCUUACAUAGCCUGGAGUUGUGUUGGGUCAUUGUCCUGUUGAAAAACAAAUGAUUUUCCCACUAAGCCCAAACCAGAUGGGAUGGCGUAUCGCUGCAGAAUGCUGUGGUAGCCAUGCUGGUUAAGAGUGCCUUGAAUUCUAAAUAAAUCACAGACAGUGUCACCAGCAAAGCACCCCCACACCAUAACACUACCUCCUCCAUGCUUUAUGGUGGGAACUACACAUGCCGAGAUCAUCCGUUCACCCACACCGCGUCUCACAAAGACAUGGCGGUUGGAACCAAAAAUCUCCAAUUUGGACUCCAGACCAAAGGACACAUUUCCACCAGUCUAAUGUCCAUUGCUCGUGUUUCUUGGCCCAAGCAAGUGUCUUCUUGUUGGUGUCCUUUAGGAGUGGUUUCUUUGCAGCAAUUCGACCCAUGACGGCCUGAGUCUCCUCUGAACAGUUGAUGUUGAGAUGUCUGUUACUUGAACUCUGUGAAGCAUUUAUUUGGGCUGCAAUUUCUGAGGCUGGUAACUCUAAUGAACUUAUCCUCUGCAGCAUAGGUAACUCUGGGUCUUCCAUUCCUGCGGCGGUCCUCAUGAGAGCCAGUUUCAUCAUAGCGCCUGAUGGUUUUUGCGACUGCACUUAAAGAAACUUUCAAAAUUGUUGAUAUUUUCCGGAUUGACUGACCUUCAUGUCUUAAAGUAAUGAUGAACUGUCGUUUCGCUUUGCUUAUUUGAGCUGUGCUUGCCAUAAUAUGGACUUGGUCUUUUACCAAAUAGGGCUGUCUUCUGUAUACCACCCCUACCUUGUCACAACACACCUGAUUGGCUCAAACACAUUAAGAAGGAAAGAAAUUCCACAAAUUAACUUUUUAAGAAGGCACACCUGUUAAUUGAAAUUCAUUCCAGGUGACUACCUCAUGAAGCUGGUUGAGAGAAUGCCAAGAGUGUGCAAAGCUGUCAUCAAGGCAAAGGGUGGCUAUUUGAAGAAUCUCAAAUAUAAAAUAUAUUUUGAUUUAUUUAACACUUUUUUGGUUACUACAUGAUUCCAUAUGUGUUAUUUCAUAGUUUUGAUGUCUUCACUAUUAUUCUACAAUGUAGAAAAUAGUAAAAAAAAUUAAAAAAAUAAAAACCCUUGAAUGAGUAGGUGUGUUAACUUUUGACCGGUAGUGUAUAUAUCUUAAAUUAACCCUCUUUCAUGAAUUUGAUUUAUAUAAUCUUGAAUCCCAAUCAGAAUGGUUUGGGUACGGAAGUAAAUCUGAAUAGGUGUUGACUUUCACAGCGAAUUAGGCCCAGGAGUUUCUCCUGGUCACGUAACCAUGUGGUCAAGAGAAACUCCUGGCCUUGGCUGUAAUGUUCACCUUUUGUAAAGCACACAAUUUGAUAUGCAAAAUCAGCAGGGAACUUGUACACACACACACACACCACUGUUCAGCUAAAAUAUAGAUAGAAGGAUGAUAGAUCAGAGCCAUAUAGCCUGCAUGAAAACUGACCACACUCAAAACAGAACCAGACAGACAAACUUGAUAGAACUGUUGUGAUUUAUUAGUAUGGCUGUAGCAGUGUAUUCUGUCUGGGGACUAGGCUAAUUCAUAUGAACCACCUGCUGGUCUGCACUGGAAUUUAGCAUUUGGUAUCGCCUCCUCUCAUGAAUAUAACAUUUAGCAUACAGCAGACCAGACAGCUGGGGUCAUAACCUGUAUGUCCACAUGUUGUCAGUCCCCAGCUGUUUUAACACAGAGCCCUGGGUUGACGUUGCCCAUAGGUACAGAUCUAGGAUCAGUUUAUCCAAUCUCAUUCCUAACUUAUACCAUUAGGUUGGAAACUCUGCAAUGCGUCGUGCCUAAGAACAGCCCUUAGCCGUGGUAUAUUGGCCAUAUACCACAAACCCCCGAUGUGCCUUAUUGCUAUUAUAAACUGGUUACCAAUAUAAUUAGAGCAGUAAAAAUAAUUGUUUUGUCAUACCCAUGGUAUAUAUAUAUAUAUAUAUACCACGGCUGUCAGCCAAUCAGCAUUCAGGGCUCGAACCACCUAGUUUAUAUUUUUUGGGGGAUCAGUUUCCAACCUAAUGGUAUAAGUUAGGAAUGAGAUUGGAUAAACUGAUCCUAGAUCUGUACCUAUGGGCAACGUCAACCCAGGGCUCUGUGUUAGAACAGCUGGGGACUGACAACAUGUGGACAUACACUUGAAACCCUACCUCUUUAAGGAAUACCUGGAAUAGUAUAAAAGUAAUCCUUCUACCCCUCCCCCACCCCCCAUAAAAAAAGUAUGUAAAUAUACCACAAACCCCCAAGGUGCCCUAUUGCGUAAUUACCUUGGAUCAGUGUCUACAGGCAACUUUUUUUUAGUCUUAGCAAAGAUAUAGCUUCUGUCUAUCAAUUCUUAUCUUAUGUCUUUCCACAGGUACGGGAAGAUGUCCUAAACUCGUUAAACAAUAACUUUCUGCAAACUUUGAAUCAAGCGUGGAACGACCACCAGACGGCCAUGGUCAUGAUCAGAGACAUCCUCAUGUACAUGGUAGGUGGCCUGCUUUAUGUCUAGUUCACGUCAAACUCAUUCCACGGCGGGCCGAGUGUCUGCGGGUUUUAGCCCCACCCUUGUACUUGAUUGAUGAAUGAAGGUCACUAACUAGUAAAGAAUCUGCAGAAUUCCCGAAAUGUCAGUCCUGAAUGAUUCUCCAGAUGUCCUUUUAACCCCACACAGGUCUAAUCAGUAGUAUUGCGUCUCCAGAAAGCUGUAGAGUUUUAUCUCCAGUUUAGUGUUUUGUCUCCAGUGGUUUCCCUGAAGUGUAAAUAAUAGUUUUCUCUUAUGAAAGAAUGACCCUGGCAGACUCUCCUCAACUACACGUCAUAGCUGGGGUUGGGCGGGCCCAGCCUUGUAGUUGGGCAGAACAAACAGCUUCUGUUUUAUUUCUCCAGUUUGUUGGGCAACUAGUGGCAACUCUACUUGAUUUACUGUAACGGUAAGGCCAAGCGUCUGUGUGUACUGUAUGAGAGGAGGUGAGGGGCCAAUACAGUGGCACAGCCGCUAUUGAGACUGCAGAAUUCUCUCAGGGGAUUAUUUUGUUUGUCUCUCUCCUUCUCCCCUCUCUCGCCUCCCCCCCACCCCUCUCAAUUCAAUUCAAAGGGCUCUCUCUCUCUCCUCCCCCCUCUCUCUCCUGAAUUCAAUUCAAAGGGCUUUAUUGGCAUGGGAAACAUAUGUUUUACAUUGCCAAAGCAAGUGAAAUAGAUAAUAAACAAAAGUGAAAUAAACAAUCAGAAAUUAACAGUAAACGUUACACUCGCAAACGUUUCAAAGGAAGGAAGUUUCACCUUUCCCCUGGGUCCUGGGUCUUGUAUUGCUCAGCUGCAGCAGCAGUUAGCUGCCUGGCCUGCUCAGUGCUAGGUGCAGUCUGCCUCUAGGCUGAGCUCUGUGUAGAGAGGAACUAAUUAGAGGGGAAAUGGUUUUGUUUUGUACAGUAUGUAGGUAGGUAGGCUGUGUGGUCACUGGUUGACGAAAUGGGAUGAUGAUGAUUUAUUGUUAUUUUGGUAAUAAAACCAGAACUGAGAUUUCAGCCAUAUGUCUUAUUAUUCUCUUGUAUUUGGAUAGUGUAUAUAUAUAUAUAGUGGGGAGAACAAGUAUUUGAUACACUGCCAAUUUUGCAGGUUUUCCUACUUACAAAGCAUGUAGAGGUCUGUAAUUUUUAUCAUAGGUACACUUCAACUGUGAGAGACGGAAUCUAAAACAAAAAUCCAGAAAAUCACAUUGUAUGAUUUUUAAGUAAUUCAUUUGCAUUUUAUUGCAUGACAUAAGUAUUUGAUCACCUACCAACCAGUAAGAAUUCCGGCUCUCACAGACCUGUUAGUUUUUCUUUAAGAAGCCCUCCUGUUCUCCACUCAUUACCUGUAUUAACUGCACCUGUUUGAACUCGUUACCUGUAUAAAAGACACCUGUCCACACACUCAAUCAAACAGACUCCAACCUCUCCACAAUGGCCAAGACCAGAGAGCUGUGUAAGGACAUCAGGGAUAAAAUUGUAGACCUGCACAAGGCUGGGAUGGGCUACAGGACAAUAGGCAAGCAGCUUGGUGAGAAGGCAACAACUGUUGGCGCAAUUAUUAGAAAAUGGAAGAAGUUCAAGAUGACGGUCAAUCACCCUCGGUCUGGGGCUCCAUGCAAGAUCUCACCUCGUGGGGCAUCAAUGAUCAUGAGGAAGGUGAGGGAUCAGCCCAAAACUACACGGCAGGACCUGGUCAAUGACCUGAAGAGAGCUGGGACCACAAAGAAAACCAUUAGUCUCAAAGAAAACCAUUAGUAACACACUACGCCGUCAUGGAUUGAAAUCCUGCAGCGCACGCAAGGUCCCCCUGCUCAAGCCAGCGCAUGUCCAGGCCCCUGAAGUUUGCCAAUGACCAUCUGGAUGAUCCAGAGGAGGAAUGGGAGAAGGUCAUGUGGUCUGAUGAGACAAAAAUAUAGCUUUUUGGUCUAAACUCCACUCACCGUGUUUGGAGGAAAAGAAGGAUGAGUACAACCCCAAGAACACCAUCCCAACCGUGAAGCAUGGAGGUGGAAACAUCAUUCUUUGGGGAUGCUUUUCUGCAAAGGGGACAGGACGACUGCACCGUAUUGAGGGGAGGAUGGAUGGGGCCAUGUAUCGCGAGAUCUUGGCCAACAACCUCCUUCCCUCAGUAAGAGCAUUGAAGAUGGGUCGUGGCUGGGUCUUCCAGCAUGACAACGACCCGAAACACACAGCCAGCGCAACUAAGGAGUGGCUCCGUAAGAAGCAUCUCAAGGUCCUGGAGUGGCCUAGCCAGUGUCCAGACCUGAACCCAAUAGAAAAUCUUUGGCGGGAGCUGAAAGUCCGUAUUGCCCAGCGACAGCCCUGAACCUGAAGGUCUGUAUGGAGGAGUGGGCCAAAAUCCCUGCUGCAGUGUGUGCAAACCUGGUCAAGACCUACAGGAAACGUAUGAUCUCUGUAAUUGCAAACAAAGGUUUCUGUACCAAAUAUUAAGUUCUGCUUUUCUGAUGUAUCAAAUACUUAUGUCAUGCAAUAAAAUGCAAAUUAAUUACUUAAAAAUCAUACAAUGUGAUUUUCUGGAUUUUUGUAAGUAGGAAAACUUUCUACAUGCUUUGUAAGUAGGAAAACCUGCAAAAUCGGCAGUGUAUCAAACACUUGUUCUCCCCAAGGGGAAAAAAAGUAUUUGAUCCCCUGCUGAUUUUUUUUACGUUUACCCACUUACAAAGACAUGAUCAGUCUAUCAUUUUAAUGGUAGGUUUAUUUGAACAGUGAGAGACAGAAUAACAACAAACAAAUCCAGAAAAACGCAUGUCAAAAAUGUUAUAAAUUGAUUUGCAUUUUAAUGAGGGAAAUAAGUAUUUGACCCCUCUGCAAAACAUGACUUAGUACUUGGUGGCAAAACCCUUGUUGGCAAUCAGAGGUCAGACAUUUCUUGUAGUUGGCCACCAGGUUUGCACACAUCUCAGAAGGGAUUUUGUCCCACUCCUCUUUGUAGAUCUUCUCCAAGUCAUUAAGGUUUCGAGCCUGACGUUUGGCAACUCGAACCUUCAGCUCCCUCCACAGAUUUUCUAUGGGAUUAAGGUCUGGAGACUGGCUAGGCCACUCCAGGACCUUAAUGUGCUUCUUCUUGAGCCACUCCUUUGUUGCCUUGGCCGUGUGUUUUGGGUCAUUGUCAUGCUGGAAUACCCAUCCACUACCCAUUUUCAAUGCCCUGGUGAGGGAAGGAGGUUCUCACCCAAGAUUUGACGGUACAUGGCGCCGUCCAUCAUCCCUUUGAUGCGGUGAAGUUGUCCUGUCCCCUUAGCAGAAACCCCCCCCCCCCCCCCCCCCCCCCAAAGCAUAAUGUUUCCACCUCCAUGUUUGACGGUGGGGAUGGUGUUCUUGGGGUCAUAGGCAGCAUUCCUCCUCCUCCAAACACGGCGAGUUGAGUUGAUGCCAAAGAGCUCGAUUUUGGUCUCAUCUGACCACAACACUUUCACCCAGUUCUCCUCUGAAUCAUUCAGAUGUUCAUUGGCAAACUUCAGACGGCCCUGUAUAUGUGCUUUCUUGAGCAGGGGGACCUUGCGGGCGCUGCAGGAUUUCAGUCCUUCACAGCGUAGUGUGUUACCAAUUGUUUUCUUGGUGACUAUGGUCCCAGCUGCCUUGAGAUCAUUGACAAGAUCCUCCUGUGUAGUUCUGGGCUGAUUCCUCACCGUUCUCAUGAUCAUUGCAACUCCACGGGGUGAGAUCUUGCAUGGAGCCCCAGGCCGAGGGAGAUUGACAGUUCUUUUGUGUUUCUUCCAUUUGUGAAUAAUCGCACCAACUGUUGUCACCUUCUCACCAAGCUGCUUGACGAUGGUCUUGUAGCCCAUUCCAGCCUUGUGUACGUCUACAAUCUUGUCCCUGACAUCCUUGGAGAGCUCUUUGGUCUUGGCCAUGGUGGAGAGUUUGGAAUCUGAUUGAUUGCUUCUGUGGACAGGUGUCUUUUAUACAGGUAACAAACUGAGAUUAGGAGCACUCCCUUUAAGAGUGUGCUCCUAAUCUCAGCUCGUUACCUGUGUAAAAGACACCUGGGAGCCAGAAAUCUUUCUGAUUGAGAGGGGGUCAAAUACUUAUUUCCCUCAUUAAAAUGCAAAUCAAUUUAUAACAUUUUUGACAUGCGUUUUUUUCUGGAUUUUUUUGUUGUUAUUCUGUCUCUCACUGUUCAAAUAAACCUACCAUUAAAAAUUUAUAGACUGAUCAUUUCUUUUUCAGUGGGCAAACGUACAAAAUCAGCAGGGGAUCAAAUACUUUUUUCCCUCACUGUAUAUAGAUUUCUAUUGGUGAGUCUAACCAAGUACCAAGCAGACCAGCCUGUCGGGUAUCAUAUGGCUUUUCAAAGCAAAAAAUAUAACUUUUGGGAGUCCUUACCUGUUCCUGAAUUUUUCAUUUGUGUAACUGUGCAAAGAAUUUACUCUUCGGAGGACAAUAAAGUAUUCAAAUGUGUUUCAUUCUAACUUACCACUCUAACAUGUUGUACUCUGCUUGGCUCCAGGACCGGGUGUACGUGCAGCAAAACAACGUGGAGAACGUCUACAACCUGGGCCUGAUCAUCUUCAGAGACCAGGUGGUGCGCUACGGCUGCAUCCGAGACCACCUGCGCCAGACCCUGCUGGACAUGAUCGCACGCGAGAGGAAGGGAGAGGUGGUGGACAGGUAAGGACUGUUCUGGGAUCUGUCUAACAAAAGAAAGACCUGUAUCUAUUCACAAAGUGUCUCAGAGUAUUAGUGCUGAUCUAGGAUCAGUUGUGCCUUUCCAAUCAUGAUGAAUAAGACUCGGGGGGGGGGGGGGGGGGAUCAGGAACGCCUGCCCUCCUACUCAAUGCUUUGUGAAUACAGGCCCUGCCACUGUUUAUCAGGUAGGGGGUAUUUGGUGAGGCUGGUGAAUAAAGGCAAUGUCCUGGGGGACAAUGGCUGGCUGUGAGGUUUAAGCCCCUGAAACCACUCCAUCUUUUUCUUUGGCUGUUUUUUUUAUGUAGGCCUAUGAUAAGGGCAGUAGCACAUUCUAUUCACAGAGAACUGACCUUUCAACUUGGGAGAUUAACAGCUUAGCCUACUACAUUAAUGACCACUCUGGCAAAUGGGUUUUACUCAAUGUUACCUCUUUUGAAAAAACCAAUGUGGUUGUUUUUAAGGAGUCAUAAAACUCUUAAUCCUAUCAUAUGUUUUUAUCUCUUUAAAGAAAAAUCUAUCAACAACAAAAAAAUCUAUAUCCUAUGUUUAUUCCUUGUGUUUGUACAGGGGAGCGAUCAGGAACGCCUGUCAGAUGCUGAUGAUUCUCGGCCUGGAGGGCAGGUCUGUGUACGAGGAAGACUUUGAGUCCCCCUUCUUAGAAAUGUCUGCAGAAUUCUUCCAGGUGGGUUGGGCAGCUUUUUACAUGCUGUCUUUUUUUUGUCAAGUCAUUAUGACUGCUGAGAUUGUUUUUAUGGCGUUGUCAUGGAUGCUAAAAACACGUAACCAAGCUAUUGCAAAACGUUAAGAUGCAUUAAGUCAUUGGAGCUCCUCACUAUCCUCAUCCAACCCCAUAUAGCAAUGUUCCACAAUAUAGGGGACAUAUCUUUGUUUGUGGUCAUGCAAAUCCUUUUCAUGAGUGGAAGCCCAUCAGUUCAUGUAAUUUUGUGCUCCUCAACAAUUGUCCACAUUUAAUAAAAAUGCUUUUGUUUUUUAUAUAAAAUGGUAUUGCUCUAUCAACCUCCAACUUCCGGUUUGUUCUGUAUCUGAAAUACCUCAUCUCAACCAUACCCUGUUCUACCCCCUCCUCAAACCAUACCCUGUUCUACCCCCUCCUCAAACCAUACCCUGUUCUACCCCCUCAGAUGGAGAGCCAGAAGUUCCUAGCGGAGAACAGUGCCAGUGUGUACAUCAAGAAGGUGGAGGCCAGGAUCAACGAGGAGAUAGAGCGGGUGUUACACUGCCUGGACAAGUCCACAGAGGAGCCCAUCGUCAAGGUGGUGGAGCGGGAGCUCAUUUCCAAACACAUGAAGACCAUCGUGGAGAUGGAGAACUCUGGCCUGGUCCACAUGCUCAAGAAUGGCAAGACAGAAGGUAAACAAGGAAAACAGGCUUGUUUUACAGGCAACGGAUUAAGACUGAAUUCAGUUAGAAUCCAGAUUUAUGAGAACUUAUUUCAGGAGACCUGGGGCCUUUUUCAAAAAGCAUCUCAGAGUAGGUUUGCUGACCUAGGAUCAGGUCCUCCUGUUCAUAUAAUAUUUUUCACUAGGGUCUAAAAGGGAAAACGUAUCCUAGAUCAGCAUUCCUAUUCUGAGACUUUGUAAACAAAUGGGCCCUGGACUGUGGGUGAUUUUCAUGUAAAAAGGUUGUCCGGACAUAGGCAUGUUAUCCAGGGUUAAUCAAUGGGUCUCCAGACCUCGCCAUAAGAUUCUUAUUUUUGGGUCAUGGCUUCAAACUGUCCAAGCUGGAAGCAUGAGUUGUGUUAACAUGGUGGGUCACAAAAUAACUCAAAAAGUGUUAGUCCCGUGUAGCUCAGUUGGUAGAGCAUGGCGUUUGCAACGUCAGGGUUGUGGGUUCGAUACCCACGGGGGGCCAGUAUGAAAAUGUAUACACUCACUAACUGUAAGUCGCUCUGGAUAAGAGCGUCUGCUAAAAUGACUAAAAUGUUAGUAAGAGGCAUAGUUUUAAAAAGCUUUGGGAAUAUAAGAUUUGAAACCAGUCAUUCCAGGAAGGGGUUGGGCUCACUGUAGGUGAGAUGGGUUCGUUGCUGUUGCCAGUGUUGAUAAAACAGGGCACCUCAAUAUCAGCCUGUCUGGUUUCUAGCUUAUUAAGUAGAUCCAAGUGUUUGUUUAAAAUAUUGAACAUGAUCUGGCAUGAGAUGAUUGUAUACAUGGCUAUGUUUACACAGCCAGCCAAGGAACACAAUUCAGAUAUUUUUUUCCCAUAUCCAAUCUCUUUUUUUGGACUGUCCACACUCAGUUUUACAUGUGACCCAUAUCAGCUUUGUACAUUCACACUGAUGUAGCCUCUGAAGUAGCACACAGAUGAAACGCUCAUUUCCUGUCACUGUUCGUUAAAAUGUUGGGGUGGUUGUCAUGAUAAUGGCAAGUCAUGUGCGCACACAAACACUAUAGAGCAAACAAAUGAGGCCACAUAUGGAUGUGGUAUAAAUCUGAAGUCAAAAGAUCAGAUUCCAUGUAUUUACAUUUAACAUUUUAGUCAUUUAGCAGACGCUCUUAUCCAGAGCGACUUACAGGAGCAAUUAGGGUUAAGUGCCUUGCACAAGGGCACAUCGACAGAUUUUUCACCUAGUCGGCUCGGGGAUUAGAACCAGCGACCUUUCGGUUACUGGCACAACGCUCUUACCCACUAAGCUACCUGCCGCCCCGAGCUGUUUUGUUGUUGCUGUUUUAUACAUUUGGUAAAAGAUAAGAUGGGGAUCAGAUAUGAAAAUAAGUGGCAAAAGAUCUGAGAAUGGGUUGCCUGUGUAACCGCAGUCAAUUAGGAAGAAUCUACCAAAUACCCAAAGCUGAUUAGUGAAGCUGCUGGAGGCAAAAGAUAAAACUGGAGAAACAGGAAAAAAUCUCUGCACACUUCCAGUCAGAUCCACAUUUAUUUUAAUUAUAGCUGAGCUUUCGAUCAGUCGACCAUCAGAGCAUAUCUCCACAAACAGUAGUGGGACAGAAGGCCACACAGAGAGCCAGAGAUAAUUACAGACACCUGUGGUAAGCUGACGUACCCAAAAUGGCCACUAGAUGUCAUACUAUCAGUUAGAAAUACAAAUACUAGAUGUUACAAGACCUAUUAUAGAUGAGUUGACAGAAUUAAACCCUCCUGUUGUUCAUUAUCAAAUCGUAGAGUCAAAUAAGUUCACUCUCACUCACCCAGGCAUUUACUGGUUCACGUCAGUUCAUUUUCUUGACCGGAAUUAGCUUCAAACGCAUUUCUUGAGCUCUGCAUAGUUACCUCACAGAUUAACUCUGAAACCGUGGCAAACCAGACACACUGGCUCUGCCUGUCUGUAUUUCUGUGUCUUUCACAUCUUAAACCAAUGUGAAUUACAGACAGGCAGAGCCAGUGCAUCUUUGACAUCUUAACCAAUGUCAAGUUCUGACUGUAAAUCUGUGUAUUGGUUUGAACUUCCUUCAUAACUAAUCUAUUCUCCAUCUUCCUCUCAUUGUCCCCCUCUCUCUUCCUUUCAUUCUUCCUCUCCCCCUCUCUCUUCCUCUCCCCCUCUCUAUCGCUUUCUCUCUUCCUCUCCCCCCUCUCUCUUCCUCUCCCCCCUCUCUUUCUCUCCUCUCCUCCUCCCUCUCUUCCUCUCCAGACCUGGGCUGCAUGUACAAGCUGUUCAGCCGUGUGCCUAACGGCCUGAAGACCAUGUGUGAGUGUAUGAGCUCCUACCUGAGGGAGCAGGGAAAGGCUCUGGUGUCAGAGGAGGGUGAGGGCAAGAACCCUGUCGACUAUAUCCAGGUACGCUGGGCCUAACCUCCAAUCAAAGAUUGUCCGGCAUCUUUUAUUCUCAGAACAUACCCAGAACAAUCAGGGCGCAGAGUAUUUCCUGACCAGAAAGAACUAAAGACUGAAAGUGUAAAAUCUAAAGAGUUUGAAAUAGUAACAUAGGUAACUACCCUCAUAAGCAUUGAAGCUAAGGUUCCAGCCCACUCUUUUUAGGGUUACCUUUUUAGGGCACCUCCAAGAGUUAACGCGUAAACCACUUGGAAUCUAAUAGUAUCUGUGUGUGUUAUUACUUAUUGUAAAGUGUGCUGUGAUUUUAAUUCCCUUUAAAUAAAGUUGGAUUUGUUUCUCUCUCCUAUAGGGCCUGUUGGACCUAAAGACGCGGUUCGACCGCUUCCUCCUGGAGUCGUUCAACAACGACCGGCUCUUCAAGCAGACUAUCGCCGGAGACUUUGAGUACUUCCUUAACCUCAACUCCCGCUCCCCAGAAUACCUCUCCCUCUUCAUCGACGACAAGCUCAAGAAGGGAGUCAAAGGAGUACGUCAUUGAAGUGUUCAACCUGCUAAAUGUUAUAUUGCUACACUUCAAUGGACUAAUCUCAUGUGGUACCCUGCCCUCCGCAUAGUGCACUAGCUCUGGCCGGAACCACAUACAGACGUGGCUCUGGCCAGAACCACACUUUUUUCUCAAGUCCUUUUUGGAUCAUUAACAUAAAAACACUAUUUUAUUGAGAAUAAAGGGAAACUAUUCAAACCAGUAUCCUAACUGUCUGUCUGUCUGUCUGGGUCUCCAGCUGACAGAGCAGGAGGUGGAGUCCAUCCUGGACAAGGCCAUGGUGCUGUUCCGGUUCAUGCAGGAGAAGGAUGUGUUUGAGAGAUACUACAAACAGCACCUAGCCAGGAGGCUGCUCACCAACAAGAGCGUCUCUGACGACUCUGAGAAGAAUAUGAUCUCCAAGCUCAAGGUGAGGAGAGGGCGAGUCAAGUCUGCUGUCAAUUAGACAUUGACAUUUGAAAUCCAAUAUAUUACUAAUUAAUUUAUGAUUAUUACUUUUUUGUAUUAUUAAUCAGGAAUUUAGGAUGUUCUUGACUAUCUUACAUCUCUAUCUAAGCAUUAGAAUGGACUGGUAGCCGUUUGACCUGGUUUUCCAUAUUGUGCUGGUCCCAUCCCUGAACCUGUGUGACUCGCUGUGCUGUGUGACUCGCUGUGCUGUGUGACUCGCUGUGCUCUGUGACUCGCUGUGCUGUGUGACUCGCUGUGCUGUGUGACUCGCUGUGCUGUGUGACUCGCUGUGCUGUGUGACUCGCUGUGCUGUGUGACUCGCUGUGCUGUGUGACUCGCUGUGUGACUCACUGUGCUGUGACUCGCUGUGACUCGCUGUGCUGUGUGACUCGCUGUGUGACUCACUGUGCUGUGACUCGCUGUGACUCGCUGUGCUGUGUGACUCGCUGUGCUGUGUGACUCGCUGUGCUGUGACUCGCUGUGCUGUGACUCGCUGUGCUGUCUUCUCUGUGUAGACCGAGUGUGGCUGUCAGUUCACCUCUAAACUGGAAGGGAUGUUCAGAGACAUGAGCAUCUCCAACACCACCAUGGACGAGUUCAGACAACACCUACAGUCCACGGGGGUAAGAGGGUGUUAUACCUCUCCACUCACAACACACACCCCUAACAGUCCACAUUGUCAACACACACCCCUAACAGUCCACAUUGUCAACACACACCCCAAACAGUCCACAUUGUCAACACACACCCCAAACAGUCCACAUUGUCAACACACACCCCAAACAGUCCACAUUGUCAACACACACCCCAAACAGUCCACAUUGUCAACACACACCCCAAACAGUCCACAUUGUCAACACACACCCCAAACAGUCCCACUUGUCAACACACCCCAACAGUCCACAUUGUCAACACACACCCCCCAAACAGUCCACAUUGUCAACACACACCCCAAACAGUCCACAUUGUCAACACACACCCCAAACAGUCCACAUUGUCAACACACACCCCAAACAGUCCACAUUGUCAAACACACCCCAAACAGUCCCAUUGUCAACACACACCCCAAACAGUCCACAUUGUCACACACACCCCAAACAGUCCACAUUGUCACACAACACCCCAAACGUCCACAUUGUCCACCCAACCCCAACAGUCCCACAUGUCAACACACCCCAAACAGUCCACAUUGUCAACACACACCCCAAACAGUCCACUUGUUUAACACACACCCCAAACAGUCCACAUUGUCAACACACACCCCAAACAGUCAACAGGUAUAAGAUAUUAUAAAAUUACUAUUUCCAUCAAAGAAAAACUGCCAUUGAUAUAAAACAUGUCUGAUCUCUUGUUUCUGUGUAAUAAACCCUGGACUCCUGUUUUGUGUCUUGGUUCUCCUUUUCACAUUGUGACUGUGACUGCCAUUUCUCCCAGGUGUCUCUAGGGGGCGUCGACCUCACAGUAAGAGUGCUCACCACUGGCUAUUGGCCCACACAGUCGGCCACGCCCAAAUGCACCAUCCCCCCCUCCCCCAGACACGCCUUCGAGGUCUUCAGAAGGUACGAGCCAUCCUCUGAGCCUCAUCGAUGGAUCUGUUAUCUAUUAGAUUUGUCUUACACAGUGCAGUCCAUUUUUAAUAUACACUACCAGUCAAAAUAAUAAUAAUAAUAAAUAAUAAUAAUAAUAAUAAUAAUAUGCCAUUUAGCAGACGCUUUUAUCCAAAGCGACUUACAGUCAUGCGUGCAUACAUUUUUUUUUUUUUUGUGUAUGGGUGGUCCCGGGGAUCGAACCCACUACCUUGGCGUUACAAGCGCCGUGCUCUACCAGUUGAGCUACAGAGGACCACAAGUUUGGACACCUACACAAAAGUUUGGACACCUACACAUUCAAGGGUUUUUAUUUAUUUUUACUAUUUUUUACAUUGUAGAAUAAUAGUGAAGACAUCAGAACUAUGAAAUAACACAUGGAAUCAUGUAGUAACCAAACAAGUGUUAAACAAAUCAAAAUAUAUUUUAUAUUUGAGAUUCUUCAGCUAGCCAUCCUUUGCCUUGAUGACAGCUUUGCACACUCUUGGCAUUCUCUCAACCAGCUUCAUGAGGUAGUCACCUGGAAUGCAUUUAAAUUAACAGGUGUGCCUUCUUAAAAGUUAAUUUGUGGAAUUUAUUUCCUUCUUAAUGCAUUUGAGCCAAUCAGUUGUGUUGUGACAAGGUAGGGGUGGUAUACAGAAGACAGCCCUAUUUGGUAAAAGACCAAGUCCAUAUUAUGGCAAGAACAGCUCAAAUAAGCAAAGAGAAAUGACAGUCCAUUAUUACUUUAAGACAUGAAGGUCAGUCAAUCCGGAAAAUGUCAAGAACUUUGAACGUUUCUUCAAGUGCAGUCGCAAAAACCAUCAAGCGCUAUGAUGAAACUGGCUCUCAUGAGGACCGCCACAGGAUUUGAAGAGCCAGAGUUACCUCUGCUGCAGAAGAUAAGUUCAUUAGAGUUAUUUACCAGCCUCAGAAAUUGCAGCCCAAAUAAAUGCUACACAGAGUUCAUCACAGACACAUCUCAACAUCAACUGUUCAGAGGGGACUAUGUGAAUCAGGCCUCCGUGGGUCGAAUUGCUGCAAAGAAACCAGUACUAAAGGACACCAAUAAGAAGAAGAGACCUGCUUGGGCCAAAAAACACGCGCAAUGGACAUUAGACCGGUGGAAAUGUGUCCUUUGGUCUGGAGUCCAAAUUGGAGAUUUUUGGUUCCAACCGCCAUGUCUUUGUGAGACGCGGUGUGGGUGAAUGGAUGAUCUCUGUGUGUGUAGUUCCCACCGUAAAGCAUGGAGGAGGUGGUGUUAUGGUGUGGGGGUGCUUUGCUGGUGACACUGUCUGUGAUUUAUUUAGAAUUCAAUGCACACUUAACCAGCAUGGCUACCACAGCAUUCUGCCGCGAUACGCCAUCCCAUCUGGUUAGGGCUUAGUGGAACUAUCAUUUGUUUUUCAACAGGACAAUGACCCAACACACCUCCAGGCUGUGUAAGGGCUAUUUUACCAAGAUAUGGAGUGCUGCAUCAGAUGACCUGGCGUCCACAAUACCCCGACCUCAACCCAAUUGAGAUGGUUUGGGAUGAGUCGGACGGCAGAGUGAAGGAAAAACAGCCAACAAGUGAUCAGCAUAUGAAGGAACUCCAAGACUGUUGGAAAAGCAUUCCAGGUGAAGCUGGUUGAGAGAAUACCAAGUGUGCAAAGCUGUCAUCAAGGCAAAGGGUGGCUAUUUGAAGAAUCUCAAAUAUAAAAUAUAUUUUGAUUUGUUUAACACUUUUUUUUGGAUACCACAUGACUCCAUAUGUGUUAUUUCAUAGUUGUGAUGUCUUCACUAUUAUUCUACAAUGUAAAAUGAUAGAAAAACCCUUGAAUGAGUAGGUGUGUCCAAACUUUUGACUGGUACUGUAUAUUCUUGUGGCAUUAACUUAGUGACGACAUCUUCUGUUAGGUUCUACUUGGCCAAACACAGCGGCAGACAGUUGACCCUUCAGCACCACAUGGGCUCAGCCGACCUCAACGCAACCUUCCACGGCCCCAUCAAGAAGGUAAAGGGCCCUGCCUGCAAUAAGGGAUGGAGGGCCUACUCAGAAUGACAUGAAUUGUAGCUUUCCUAAGCUGUUGUAUGUUAAGCGCUGAACUUUUUAAAAACAUUUAUCAUUCUCUUCAUCUCCACUCUCCCUUUCUUCUCUUAACCCUUCUCCACCUCUUUCUACCUGUCUCCACUCUGUCACUCUCUCUGUCUCUCUCUCUUCAGGAGGAUGGUUCGGAGGUAGGAGUGGGAGGAGCCCAGGUGACCGGCUCUAACACCAGGAAACACAUACUGCAGGUGUCAACCUUCCAGAUGACCAUCCUCAUACUCUUCAACAACAGAGAAAAGUCCACGUUCGAGGUAAGAGCCAGACACAGGUACAGGCUUGUCAGUCUAAAUCACAUGGAAGUGUUAGAAUUCACAGAUAAAGGUGGCAAGUGGGAAAAACAAAUCUUCUUUCCUCCUCUCCGUUCUCUGCUUCCCUUUCUCUUUCACUCCCUCUCCUCCUCCUUUACGCUCUCUCCCCCUUUCUCUUUCACUCCCCCUCUCUCUCCUCCUCCUUCCCUCUUCCCCCACUGUAGGAGAUCCAGCAGGAGACAGACAUACCGGAGAGGGAGCUGGUGCGAGCGCUUCAGUCGCUGGCCUGCGGGAAGCCCACCCAGCGCGUCCUCACCAAGGAGCCCAAGUCCAAGGAGAUUGAGAACGGCCACGUGUUUACAGUCAACGAUCAGUUUACCUCUAAGCUGCACAGAGUCAAAAUACAGACAGGUGAGUGUGUGUAGUCUGUCUGUCUGUCUUUGUUAGUCUAAUGAGAUGGGUUUUAUAAAUCAUAAAAGGACCCAUAUCACAGUGGUCUCCCACUCUGGUCUGGGGAGCUGCAGGCUUAUGCAGUUAGGGUCAUCUUCUACUAUUGCUCAUUUAACCUCUGUGAAUGUUGACCUUUGAUUUUGCCCUGAUGACCUGAGGUGCGUUCAGCAGGACACACAGAUAGAAAUAUGCUAUUUAGAACAAAUAUGCCUCUUACAUGUCGAGUUUUGCAAAAUAAUUGGCUCUAUUUGUGGCAUUUCUAUCUGCAAUGUUCGACAAUGUUUGGCUACUGAACGUGGCCCUCUGCUGAGGUUGCUCUCCCUCCCUCCCUCAGUGUACUGAGGUUGCUCUCCCUCCCUCCCUCCGUGUACUGAGGUUGCCCCCCCCCUCCCUCCGUGUACUGAGGUUGCCCCCCCUCCCUCCGUGUACUGAGGUUGCCCCCCCCCUCCCUCCGUGUACUGAGGUUGCUCUCCCUCCCUCCCUCCGUGUACUGAGGUUGCUCUCCCUCCCUCCCUCCGUGUACUGAGGUUGCUCUCCUCCCUCCCUCCGUGUACUGAGGUUGCCCCCCCCCUCCCUCCGUGUACUGAGGUUGCCCCCCCCCCCCCCUCCCUCCUGUACUGAGUUGCCCCCCCGUGUAUGAGGUUGCCCCCCCGUGUACUGAGGUUGCCCCCCCCCCCCCCGUGUACUGAGGUCCCCCCCCCCCCCUGCCCCCCCCCCCCCUCCCGUUGUACUGAGGUUGCCCCCCCUCCCCUCCGUGUACUGAGGUUGCCCCCCCCCCCCCCUCCGUGUACUGAGGUUGCCCCCCCCCCCCCUCCCCUCCGUGUACUGAGGUUGCCCCCCCCCCCCUCCCUCCGUGUACUGAGGUUGCCCCCCCCCCCCCCCCCCCCCGUGUACUGAGGUUGCCCCCCCUCCUCCUGUACUGAGGUUCCGCCCCCCCCCUCCCUCCGUGUACUGAGGUUGCGCCCUCCCCCCUGUAUGAGGUAUGCCCCCCACCGUGCCGCUGUACUGAUCGAGUGGCCCCCCCCCCCUCGUCCAGGACGAGGUUGCGCCCACCCCCUCCGUGUAGCGAGGUGGUUGCCCCCCCUACGUCCUCUGUACUGAGGUUGCCCCCCUCCUUCUCCUGUACUGAGGUUGCUGUCUCUCUCUCCUCCUGGUACUGAGGUGUGUGUGCUCUCUACGUUCCCUGGUAGCGAGGUUGCUGUUCUCCCUCCUUCACUCCCUGCCCUAGUCUGAGGUUGCUGUCCUUACUCCUUCCGUAUGAGGUGCUGUGCUCUCUACCUUCCUGUACUGAGGUGCUGUCUCCUUACCUUCCCUGUACGAGGUGUGGCUGUCUCUCUACCUUCCUGUACGAGGUUGGUGUGCUCUCUACCUCCCUGGUACGAGGUUGUGUGCUCUCUACUUCCUGUACAUGAGGUGGCUGUCUCUCUCUAACUCCUCAGUUGCUGCAAGGUGGGAUGGCCUAAGAAGGACCUGGCAAAAGGUGGACGCGCAGGAGCAUGAAUCGAGCGGCCAUGUCGCAUCAUGAAGUCCAGGAAGAGGAUGCAGCACAACGUCCUGGUAGCAGAGGUGGGUGUGGCCUUAACGUCCUGGUAGCAGAGGUGGGUGUGGCCUUAACGUCCUGGUAGCAGAGGUGGGUGUGGCCUUAACGUCCUGGUAGCAGAGGUGGGUGCGGCCUUAACGUCCUGGUAGCAGAGGUGGGUGCGGCCUUAACGUCCUGGUAGCAGAGGUGGGUGCGGCCUUAACGUCCUGGUAGCAGAGGUGGGUGGGCCUUAACGUCCUGGUAGCAGAGGUGGGUGCGGCCUUAACGUCCUGGUAGCAGAGGUGGGUGGGCCUUAACGUCCUGGUAGCAGAGGUGGGUGGGCCUUAACGUCCUGGUAGCAGAGGUGGGUGCGGCCUUAACGUCCUGUAGCAGAGGUGGGUGCGGCCUUAACUAUCAUAGACAUAAAUGGGUUGUUUCCUGGACACAGAAUAAGCUUAGUCCUGGCCUUUUCUCCAUUGGAUUUGCUCAACUCCUGCGUCGUCUCUCGCCUCCUAUUGAAAAAGGUCAAAGUUUAUUGAGGAGAGAGAAAGUGGACAAAAAUGCGCUUGUAUGAUAUGAGAAGCUCCUUCUCUCGUGCGUCAUCAGUCAAAUUCCGUUUACAGGGGUGGAUCCCAAAAUAAAUGUGUAAAGUGAUAAAAAACAAAUGAAGUUGGUUGUGCAAGGCAUUUUAUAGCUAAAACGAUAAGUAGUUUUUAAACGUAUGCAUGCUUUUCUCCUCCCACAAAACAACAGCUGAUUCAAAGUGGGUGUGGCAGAUUUCAAAACCUUUCCAAUAAAGACUUGUAGGAUACCCAUGACUCUCCUCCAAUGAAAGGUGGCUAUAGAGGAGGGGAGGAGACUCUUCCGUUCGCCUACUAACGAAUUGACAUCCAUCUACUCGACCACUUAUCGGUUUCUGGGGUCACGGUGGAGAAAGGGUGGAGGAUGGACUUUUGCCCUAGACUAAAAACUAGCUCAGUGGAGAAUUUCCAUUAACUGUUUUUAGUCCAAUAUAUCUGUUUUAGGGAAACCGGCCCAUAGGGUCUGGAGAGAACUCUCUGCCUUUAGCUCUACAGCUGUCACUGCCCUAGACUUCAUUUGGUUUAUUUGACAGGGACAACACACAUUGGUCAAUAUUUCAGACUAAAAGGCGCUGCGUGGCCAAUCCGUCUUCUGCAUUGGCCGUGCAGCAGUUACGGUGAUACGGCCUCUGCAGAAGUCAGGGCAUUCAACCUGCUAGCGCUUUGCGGAGCAGCGCAGAGCUGUUGUGAAGGAAGUGAGUUUGUGUUCAUACAGGACCUCCCACCCUCACCUACCGUGAACCAAUCAUGUAAAUGCGGAGCUUUGCAGAGACCUCCGCAUUGUUACAACAUUUGGGAGGCGCACGGCGAUGUGGUACGGAGCUCAAUUUGGCCUCUGCGUUCCUCCGGAGGCUCUGCAACAACCUCCAUAUGAAGCCACUGACCACAUUUUCGGAUCAAGCAUAAAUUGGCUCUUAUCCAGCUGGUUUAUUUUUAUCUGUUGUCCAUUCAGUCCCUCUCUUCAUAGCAUGUGUAGGGUUGGUAAUCAUUGCUGUGCAGCCAGGUUUGGAAGAUCGUUUUUAUUAUUAAAAUCUGCGUCUAGAUAAUUUCUGCGUCAAUUUGGUUGAAUAUAAUAUUUUGCUUAAAAAAAUAAUUAUAUAUGAAAUGUUUAUCCCUACAGUAUUUCAGUGAGUACUUUGAGGCAACUUUUGCAACAUGAGUACCGGCAAUCAUCUCUGUGCUAUUCUUUCACCAAUCAUGUUAUGGUUUUUCAUGAAAAUACACAAUUCCUCAGAACUUGGAUAUUUCGGCACAUAUUUCAGUACAGGACAUUUCAGCACAAUCUGUUGAAACAGAGACACGAUAGUGUAGAUUCUAAUAGUAUUAUUGUACUUCUUAUCUCUCCAGGUUACCCAGCAGCUGAGGGCCCGGUUUCUCCCCAGUCCCGUGGUCAUUAAGAAGCGCAUUGAAGGACUAAUAGAGAGAGAAUACUUGGCACGGACGCCUGAGGACCGCAAAGUCUACACCUACGUUGCAUAAGAGG